CCAUUUUCCUCCACACACACACAAGAACUUCACCAUAACACCAACAACACAAAAAUCCACCUUACAUUCUACACUCUCUUCCAUUCCCAUUCUCACUUGCACCCUCCAACAAUGGCUUCCACCUCUUGUUUCCUUCACCACCACGCUCUCAACGCCGCCGCCAGAUCCUCUUCUUCCCCUCGCCAGGUGGCGCCAAUCAAGCCGGCGCAGCUACUCGUCUGCCGUGCCCAAAAGCAGCAGCAGCAGCAGCAGCCCACUCUGGAGGAGGAUGGCGGUGCUAUGUCUCGCCGCUUGGCUCUCACUGUCCUCAUCGGUGCUGCCGCUCUUGGCUCUAAGGUUUCUCCCGCUGAUGCUGCCUAUGGAGAAGCUGCCAAUGUGUUUGGAAAGCCAAAGAGCAACACAGACUACUUGCCAUACAAUGGAGAUGGGUUCAAGCUUUCAGUUCCUGCCAAGUGGAAUCCAAGCAAAGAAAGGGAAUUCCCAGGCCAAGUACUUAGAUAUGAAGACAACUUUGAUGCCAAUAGCAAUCUGAGUGUCAUUAUCAAUCCAACUGACAAGAAAUCCAUUAAAGACUUUGGCUCCCCUGAAGAAUUCCUUUCUCAGGUUGACUAUUUGCUGGGGAAACAAGCCUACUUUGGAAAGACUGCUUCUGAGGGUGGAUUUGACCCGGAUGCGGUGGCAACGGCGAACGUAUUGGAGAGCUCGGAGUUGGAAGUAGGAGGAAAACCAUACUACUUCUUGUCAGUGUUGACAAGAACAGCUGAUGGAGAUGAGGGAGGGAAGCACCAGCUGAUCACAGCAGCUGUGAAGGAUGGAAAGCUUUACAUCUGCAAGGCACAAGCAGGAGACAAGAGGUGGUUUAAAGGAGCAAGGAAGUUUGUGGAGGGUGCAGCCGCUUCCUUCAGCGUUGCUUAAUUCAGAGAGGAACAAUGUUGUUGAUUAGUAAUGUGAGAAGAGUGGUGCUUGAUGAUGUAUAUUGUGGAGAACAUUACCUUAACCAAUGAAAGGGAUUCUCAAUGCAUUGUGUUUACGCUUGGAUGAAUACAUUUACGCAUUUGUUCGAUGAA